UGUAUAUAUAACACUAGCGUCCGAUAAGGGUUGCCGAACACCAUACUUGCUGAACGUACAAUUCCUUGAAACCUGAGUUGAGCAAACUGUAAUUCGUAAUUAUGAUUACCGAGCAAUCCGGUUGGGGAACUUGAUUAAUUAAUCGUUUGAGUCACGAAUUUUUUAUGUCUUUAUAUUCAUCAGAUUUUAAAAAUUCGAAAUGAUCGAGCCAAUGUAACUAUAUAUUUGUUAUUCUAUAUUCUUCGACUAUUAUUAUUAUUAUUAAUUUAGAAUGAUAAAAUAACGCACCUAACAAAUCUAAAAUAUUCUGAAAAAUAAUUUCUUGUGCCUCAAAUACGUGCCUAAAUUGCAAUUUAAAUAUUAAUAAUGAUUUAGUUAAAAAUUGAUUUUCUAUAUUCUUCGAUAAUUAUUAAUUUAUAAUAAUGUGAACGAGAAAAAGUGGAAUAUUCGGAAUAAUUCUUUCGAAUGUCUCUGAUAUGCGCCUACAUUGUCAUUUUAAUAUCAAUAAUAAUUUAAUAGAAAAUUUCCAUUUUUUUUUUUUUAGAAAAUACAAAUUUCUGUUAUACAUAUAUUUAUUUACUGUAAUUAAGUAAAUGAAUAUGUAAGGUUGUCUACUUUCUCUGCAUUAUUUAUGGGGACUCUACGAAAGUAAAUAAAAAUAUGGUGCUCAAUGUCAAGAAAUGCGUGAAAUAAUUAAAAAUUGUACGGAAAGAGAUGGCAAACACACUUAUCGCUAUAACUCAAAAGGUUAACGAAUAAUCAGAUACGAUUAGCUCUGGUAGAUUACAAGAUGCUAAUUUAUAGUUGCAGAUUACAAAUGUAGUCGGCUAUUGCUGAUUAAUCUGACAAUUGCGAGUGAUCGUUAGGAAAGUAAUCGCAAGCUAAACACUGCCCAAUCCUGCUUAUACCAAAAACACGAAAUAUCUUUUCUAUGACGAUAAUGUUUACAAUUUCUGUAUGUCAAAGAUAUCGUGGGUGAGAAUCACGCGAUAUCGUUAUCGAUUAGUGCGCUUUGAUAAUCACUACGAGCACAUCUGGCGAAUUUAAUUGUAGAUGUAGCUAUUAUGUAUAUGUAUAUAUAUAUAUUAGGGUGGUCCUUAUUUUUUGACUUUGGAAUUUUUGUUAUCUUAAAAUGUUCCAACUUGUAAAAAAACAAAAUCCCUAUGAAGUUUGAUUUCGCGUAAAAUUAAUUAUACCUGACAUCAUUGUUUCUACAAAACCUGUACCAAAAUUAUCUACCAUCGACGGUGUAACUUUUUCUUCUUCGUAAAAGAUUCCCCUCACCACCUAUAUGACACGACAACUGUGUGAUCUCACUCAAAUAUAAUUUAUAAAAUAAAUUAAGAAUACCAUCAAAUGUAAUAGCUAUUUCGAUAGUCAUAUUAUACUUUAAUUUGACAUACACUUACCUCUAAGAUGGUGAUAGGCUGAAUUUAUUAUUGCACUUACACGAAUUUUUACAAUAUUUUCCUCAUUGUAUGGGUAUAUAUGCUGCGACAACUAAUUAACUUCGGGGUAAAAACUUAGUCAUAAUUAAUGAAUUGUGAUAUUUAUUUAUCAUGGCUGUAUUCUAUUAAAACUGUACAAACUUAAUAAUAUGUGUUUCUGUCAUUUACAUGUGUUAGUUCAAAAAUUUGUUUCGUUUAAGUAUUAUGUAAACUCUUUAUUAUUUCUUAUAGAAUCUGCGACCAAAACAAGUACACGGUUACUUUUAAAUUAUCUAUCGAUUAUAUUCCUUCCGAGAUUCGUAAACUUUUCGAAUUGAUAUCGAGCGAAAGGAUUGGACAAUCUAAUGCAUUUGUACGAUUGUUUGUAAAGCAAUCAAGGAUCUAAAAACCUUAAUUUUGCCAAUUUCCUCUAAACUCAAAUGUUUUCCAUUAUCGUACUGAUUUUUUUUCGAAAAUGAUACACAAACCAUCGCAAAAUGGACAUUUUCCUAUGCAAUUUGAAAGAAAAAAGUCUGUACGAUUUUUCCUGAUCAAAUUAUGUCAUUUUUUAUUUAAUUGUACGUUUUUCAAUAAAUAACGAUUUUUGUACUAUCGCUCUUAUCGGAUUUAAGAAGAAGCUAGUUGUAGUCUACCGGUCUAUAAUCACCAUAGUCAAUAAAGUAUUUCAGAUUACCGGUCGAUAACCAUAAUCAAUGAAACAUUUUAGCUUAUCGGUCGAUAAACAGUGGCAGUAUCAAGACUAAUAAUGUCUGCCGGUAAGUAAUGUGUUAAGGAAGGCUGUGUAAAUUUGCGUUUUCUAGUGACAGGUAGUUAAAAUUUAGUAAUAUUAUGAAAUACUUAUAUUAUAUUAGGUAGCAUUCGAGUUUUUUGAACUUGAACUAAUAUUAGCAGAGCUAGACGGCAAAUCAAUAAUAAUUGCUAUAAUUAUAUUAUUUACAUGCCUGAUUGUGACAUUUUAUAUGUGCUAUUUUUAAUAUUAUAUCUAUGAAACAAGUAAUUAAAUAGUAUAGAUAGGUUUCGCUACAAAAUCUUAUAUAUUAUUAAUAAAUUACUCAUAUCUUCUACACACAUACAUUGAAAAUAAAAUGUAAAAUACUUCUUUUAUUUUAUUUACUUCAAUGCGCAAAUCGUUUUUUAAAUAUAACGCUUUCCUUUACACAAUCAUAAAUACUAAUUAAGAAACUAAAAAAUACGCUGAUUAAAAACUUCAACAUUGCAGAUGAUAGACAAUUUUUACGGUGAAUUAAAAAAUGCUAAGGUAUUGACAUAAAUGGCAUAGUAUUGAAAAAUAAUCUAACAUUAUAAACAUAAUUUCGUUCUAAUCGAGUCAUGUAGAACGCUACUCUUUGUGCAUUCUUCUGUACAUAUAUGUCAAGAUGUGUUUAGCAAUUGGAAAGCACCUAUAGACUCCUGAUAGAUAAUAUAUUAAGAAUACUAACUGUGCUGGUCUUUCUUAGGUACACCUGUAAGUCGUCAUUGCUCUAUUGUUCCGUACAUGUUCCUUUAUUUCCUUUCAACUUCGAGUUAGUGCGAUCUAACUGUACAUUGUACUUUACCAAUCGAAUUUCUUAACAGGUACACCAGGGGAUGCGGGUGUCUAACAUUUUAUGAAAUUACCUCAUCGGGCAUACUUUAGCACACGAAAAAACUUUGUAUGCUCUGCGCAUAUCUGAUACGUGAGGUUCCUUAUGAUAAGAGACAGCCGGUUAGAAUGAAUCAGCGGCUUGAAAAUGAACAACGGAUCGUAUGGUUUAUUACUUUCAGAUGGAUACCAACUUUCGAUAUAGGAAGUGCAACAACUGUUGAUACAAGAUUGUGAUAUUUAUGUAAUAAAAGAUUUGACCCAUUCUUAGAAUAAAAAAAUGGAGGCAAUUGUAGAAUUUAAUUACGAAGCACAAGAGCCUGAUGAAUUAACUUUAAAGAAAGGAGACAUUAUCACAGAUAUUAAAAAAAUGCUAGGUGGUUGGUGGGAAGGUACUUUAAGAGACAAACGUGGCAUGUUUCCUGAUAAUUUUGUCAAGGUAUUAGAACCUUUGUCAAGUGGAAGUACAGGAAGUGGAGGAUGUGAAGUAGUUAAUAGCGCUAAGCCUGAAGAAGUUACCUUGAGAAAUGGAGGCUCUAGAAGACGAUUUUGUAAAGUUGUUUUUAGUUAUGAGCCUUGCAACGAAGAUGAGUUAACAUUGAUACCUCAAGAUUCGAUAGAAUUUUUGGGUGAAGUAGAAGACGGAUGGUGGAGGGGUAGACUUAAAGGCAGAGUAGGAGUUUUCCCCUCAAAUUUUGUAUCUCCUCCUGUUUAUGAAGAGUCUGAUAAACACAAAGAUCAAGAUAAAAAAGAAACGUGUAAAGUACUCUUUUCUUACGAGGCAGCUAACGAAGACGAAUUAACGUUGAGCGAAGGAGAUAUAAUAACUCUUCUUUCUAGGGACGUUCCCGAUGAGGGUUGGUGGUUAGGAGAGUUAAAAGGCCAAGUGGGCUUAUUCCCCGAUAAUUUUGUUGAAAUAAUAAAUUCUGGAACUGAUCACACAGAUCACGAACAAAGAUACGAGUCAUCUGUAAAAUCGCUUACUAAACAUACCGAUCGGGUAAAGAAAAGUAAAAAAGCACAUGUCAGAAAAAGCUUGGAUAUACGAAACGUAAACUCAGAAACAACUAAGAAAACCAUAUCAACAAACUCUCCUUCUUUGACUACAUCGACUUCUCCAGGAGUUGGUGGGAGUAGUGGAGAUAGAAAAUCAGGGGGACAUUUAAUCAUAUCGAAUUUAAAACGUCUUGUACGCGAUGUGGGAACCAACAAUGAUAAUGGAAGUACCAAUACAGCUUUGGGCGAGGAGUUGGAUGGAGUGGAACGGGGAGAAGGAGCACCACUUUCUCACUUAACAGCUUCUCGAGCUAAAGCGCCCCGACGACGUCCGCCGUCUUCGCGACAUCUACGACAUCAUGCUACUGGAUCAACAGUCACCACCACAAACGCUAUAACAUUGGAAGAUAACUUAGCAAACGGGAAUGCAGAUACUACGUUAGAACAGUUACGCGAAGAAGAAACUGAACUAGCUGGACUAGCUGCAAAAGCAAGAAGAAAAGCGCCUUGGGUAGAAGAAUUAAAAUUAAAUCAACUAGAGAGGAGAAAAAUAGGAUCGAUCGAUCGCGUUGAUAAAUCGGAAGUUAAGAAAGAACGCAGUUAUCCACGACUGACAGCAUUGACUGCCACGGAAUUAAUCAACAAAUUAAAAACAAAGAGUGAAGAAAUUAAAACAAAAGAUAAAAGUCCGAAAUCUGAUACGUCUCCACACCUAGAGCAAGGUUUACCUACUUCUGGCACCCCUGAUUACGUUCCGUACGCUCUCUAUAGUCAACUAUUAGAAAGGGUUGCCACAUUAGAAGAAAAACAAGCAACGUUACAACAGAUAGUGGGACUUCUUCUGGAACAGUUUGUACCUCUACUGUCUUCAAUCAACAGUCCUACAGACUAAUAGAUUCGAACACAUAAAUUUUACACUGUUUCUUUAUGCAUAAUACAACUUUCUCGAUUCGUAUUUCCAUUGUAAAUGGGAGAGUCAACUAAUAAUUGUAUCAUUUCUUUUUUAUUUAUUCAGGUUGCUAGCGUCAUUUAUAAUUAUUUUCGUCGAUAUGGUAACAGUAUUUGUCUAAUUUGGCUAACAACGAAACAUUCCAUAUGUUAUCCUGUACAUUAAAAAAGUAUUCCUCUGAUUUGCGAUAUAAUCUCACCGUAAUUGCCUGAUUUUGUUAUUAUUUUGAUAUUUUUUUAAACAGAGCCCAGAAAUUCCAAUGAGGUGCAUAUAUCACAAAUCAAUUAAACUAUUUUAUAUCUAUGACGAUAUAAUUUUUUUUUUACUAUUAUUCCAAUGUACAUGAUUGAAUUAAAAUCGAAUAAUAUGGUUUUUAACCGGUCAACGUGGAAACAUUUAAGACCUUGUUUAUGCUGAUAAUAACAUGCUGGAGAAUUUCUCUGUGGGAGAUAUGGAUUUCAAUUCAAAUGUACGUUAAUUUACUCAAAAUACGACGCGUGACAUAUCUAAAAGCUGCUUCCUAUAUCCACAAGAGAAAAGUUACACAUGGUAUUUACGUUAUAAUAAGGAGGACUCGAUAAUUUACGCUGACCGAUUAAGGAUACUUGAUAUAUACAUUUACAUGAGUAAUGAAUUUAAAGCAUUUUCAAAUGUUUGUUACAAAAAUUGAUAUAUCGUUCUGAUACAUCUCAUUAAUUUACAUCUUGAAACUACAAGAAUGCAUUUGUACUUAAAUCGUUAAAUUAAUGAAGAUUAUACAACUUGUUUCCAUUUUUUGUUAAAGUGCUGCCUCGCAAUUAUAAUACGAUGGUAAUCAUUCUUAAGUUCAUUAAAUACUUCGAGUGCCAAUAUAUUUAAUUUUAUAAUUUCCUUUUGCAUAAUUCUUUAAUAUCGUCAUAAACUGCUAAAAGUCUUUAGUUCUAAUUAAUAACACUAAGAAAUAACUAAACAUAUAUACAGUGAAAUAGAUUAAAUACCUUCAAACUAUUUUCUAAGUAAUUAGCAGAAUGUAUUUUCCCCUCCAUAUGUAACUUGAAAUGGUGCUAUGUGAUAAAAUAGUUGUGAUAUGUUGUCACAUAUAAUAUGACUAAAUGAGGCAGCGAACUAUUAUUAACAAUUUUUGUCCUAAUUACAAUUAAUAACAACCGAGCAACACGAUGUAUGAAGCUUAUCUUUAAAAAUUGCAUAUUAAUAACUUUAUUCCAUAUAAUCACGAAACUGUUAAAUACUUGAAAUCUUUUUAUUUUUUUAAAUAAACAAAAUUUUACGUAAAUAUGAUAAAAUGAAGUAAUUAGAGAUAUGUGAGAUAAAUACAAGCAAAACAAUAUUUAAUUUUUUAUAUCAGUAUUUGAUGAAAUAUAUUUAAUGCUUUGUCUCAAAGAAGGCAGAUUCAAAGGUUUCCUCCAAUUGUAAUCAUAUUAUUUCAGACUAUAUCUUAGUUGUAUGCGAAUGUGUAAAUACACACUAUCAUAAAUUAGUCGAAUAACAUUAAAGUCUUAUUGUAAUUUGCAAUUUAGCUAAUGCAUAUACCAUCUUGAAAAUUCUAGUCUGAAAGAACAGAUUACAGUGAUUAUAGGAUUGAAGUGCCAGAGCCAAUGAAACUAACACUGUCACUAUGAAUGUCAUUCUUAACAAGUACGUCUUUCAAAAAGCAAUGAUAUGCAUGUAUUUCAAUUCAAAUCUUCUUACAGAGAUCUAAAAUUUACAAUUAUCUUUUCCUAAUCUUCAUAAUCUUUCAUUACAUUUAAAAACGAAUAUUGAGAAAUGUCUUUAAUUUUUCGAACAAUUGACGAAUUAAAUGUUUAAAGUGCAGUAAGUCCUUGAAAUGUAUAGUGUACCUGCAUUCGUGUCCUCAUAUAUUUUGCAAAUGUAUUUACAUAUCAAUGAGAUUUUCUUUUCAUUAUUUUUUCCUCUCAUAAAAAAAUAAAUGGUUCAGUUUAAUUUUCCUCCUUUUAAUACAUUAUGUCCAUGCAAGUCAAGAACUUACUGUAACAGUAUUUUCAAUAUCUUUCUUAUUCAAUUCAAAUGGAAAUCAUACUUCAUUACAUUUUGAAGAAUACUUGAUGUAAUAUAUAGCAUAGUAUGUUGGUAUUGUAUAAAAUUUUUACGUACUUCAAGUGAUUAUAACUUAUUUAAGCGGGGUAUAAAUAUAAGUGGGACGGAAAUAAUUACAAAAUACAAGUAUUUCUUUUGCAUGCGAGGAGAGACAUAUGUUAGAAAAUGUUAAAGUUUUGCAGCUUCAGAAUUACAUACACUUUUAUAUUUGUUUGCCUUUUUACUAGAUAUGUUCUCUUCGUUGCAGUUGAUACUCUUGUUACUAAUACUAACUGCAUAUAUAAUGUAAUCUUUCUAAGCAUAUGGAAAACAUACAAUUGUCAUCAAUGAAAUGUUUAGUAUUAUGUCAUCAGUACAAGAUUUUUAAGAAAUUUAUCAAUGAAGCAAAGAUUGCAAACUAUGUAUACAUACGCAUAUAAUAUCAUAAUCACAAGUGUGCUGCUACUCAUCAAAGAAUUUAAUUUUUUCAUGUGUCAUGUUUAACAUGCAAUAGACGCUUAAAAGUAUAUUUCACAUGACAUUCGUUUCCUGGUAUGAAGUACAAGAAAAUAAAUUUGUUGUUUAAUUGGA